AUGACCGACACACCCGAAGUCACCGAGUUCCCAAACCACAUCUUCGACCUCGUGGGCGAGCUCAUGGAAGUCAAAGGUCGCAUCGCCCAACUCGCCGGACGAGAACGCGAAGCCCAACAAAUCCGCGACCACGGAUCCCGGGAAUUGCUCGAGCUGGCCGAGAGAGUCCAAGCAAACACUUCGCGGCUUCUGCGUCUGCAACGGGAAAUCGAGCGCAAGAGAGCGAUUUUGCGCGGGUGCGCGGUCGUCGCGUCGGUCUUUGUUUCGGUGCUUUUGGUGCGCGUUUGCGAGAUUUUGUGA